AUGGAGCUGCAGCGGCAAGUAUUGCUUCUGACGUGGAUUUUUUUUCUGACCUUCGACGUUGUCAUCAACGCUGAAGCAUCGCAAUGCAGCGAAGAAACAACUCCAGAGAACGAGACUGAGAAGGUUAAAGAGUUGUUGAAGACUCUCGAGGACAGAUAUACUUUUCGGAAAGACACCAAAACUUCCAAAAAAACUUGGCUGGUUGGAAAACCGACCACAUGUUUGCGGAUGCUUUGGAAGACAGAGGCGAACAUGUCUACCGCCAGCAUCUUUUUGACCUACACAGAUGAAAGGAACAGAACGAUAAUCGAUAUACUAUCCGUGAAAAGUGAAUCUGAAAAUACCUUAGAGUUUACGUUCACUGAUAUGGCUUUAGAAGAGUUCCAGGACAGAAAGGUGAAAUAUAAGGUUCUUAGUACGAAUUCUUCUUGUAGCAUUUUAAAGAUACCAAAAGCCAACAAGUGUAAGGCCUAUUGUUUUGUUUCAUAUUGUGCGUACUGGGUCCUGUACAUUGGUGGAGGUGGCAAGGUUGUAAAGUGGUGCAAACCGCCCAGGAAUCAUACGUGCGAUGUAGAGAUACACACCCUCCAAAACCCUGGGAGAUGCAAGGAAAAGCCCAUGUGCUUUUACACUGAAACCUAA